AUGAAUAAAUACGAAGUAUUAGGAGUAGUUGGAGAAGGUGCUUAUGGUGUUGUUCUAAAAUGUAAAAAUAAGGAGACAAAUGAGAUUGGUAUCAGUAAUAGAUUAAUUAUAUAGUGGCGAUCAAGAAGUUUAAAGAAACUGAAGAGAAUGAAAUAGUAAAAAAGAGUAUAUAAAGAGAAGUGAAAGUACUUAGAUUGUUAAGACAUGCUAACAUAGUAGAAUUAAAGGAAGCAUUCAAAAGGUAGUAUGAUGUGGGAAGUUAAUUAGAAAAGGGAGAAUCUAUUUAGUAUUUGAGUAUGUGGAGCGUAAUCUACUUGAAGUUCUUGAGGCAUCUUCUUCAGGAUUAGAAGUAUUAAGUAUUAUUAUAAUAAUAGCCAUUGUAUAUUAAGAGAAUAAUAUUUCAGUUGCUUAAAGCAAUAUAUUGCUGUCAUUAAAAUGAUAUUGUUCAUAGAGAUAUCAAACCAGAAAAUCUAUUGAUAAGCACUACUCAUUAAUUAAAGUUAUGUGAUUUUGGUUUUGCUAGGGUAUUAUAGUCAAAUUCAUUUUUAUCUAGUCACUAACUGCAUCUACUUAAGAUCUUACUGAUUAUGUUGCUACAAGAUGGUAUAGAGCUCCAGAACUCUUACUAUCUUACUCUAAUUAUGAUAAAGGAGUGGAUAUGUGGUAUAAUAUUAUAUAUUAAAUUAGGGCUAUUGGAUGUUUGUUAUGUGAAUUAACUGAUGGUAAUCCAUUAUUUCCAGGAGAAAAUGAAAUGGAUCAAUUAUAUCUCAUUUAAAAAAUGUUAGGACCAUUAACAUAAAGUUAAUAAGAAACAUUCUCAAAAAAUCCUAGAUUUUUAGGUAUGAAAUUUCCAGAAAUAUCUAAACCUGAAACCCUAGAAUAAAGGUAAUUUUAAAGAUAAUUACCAUUUUUAGAUAUCUUUGUAAAUUACCUAAAAAAGCUAUUAAUUUUGUUAAAGGAUUAUUAAAAAUGGAACCUGCUGAACGUUUAACUUGCAAAUAAGCACUUCGUCAUUAAUAUUUUGAAGACUUACCAGAAGCUAUUGAAUUCAUGAGAGAAUUAGAAAUGUAGAAUGAUUAAGAAAAAAGAUAAGUAAGUGCAGGUGUUCAUCGAACUGCCGCAUCUCCUAAUACCUAAUAAAAUGUUAUUAGAACUAAAGUAUUUUAUUCUUAUAAUUUAAUUAAUUUAGACUAGUUUUAAAGUACCUAAUUAUUUGGGAAAUUAAUUGAACAUGUAAAAUACAGCUUAUAAUUAUAAUAUCUAAGGGUAACAAUAAUAAGAAAAAGAAGGGAAAUAAAUGAAAAAAGCAGUAAAUGAUUGAUCUUAACAUUUAGUAGUCAAUAGAGAAAUUGGUUCCUGGAUUUAAAGAGUAGAAGUUGAAUAUGAAUUCAGAAACAAAUAAAAUGAAAGCAUCAGGAUAAUCAUAAUUUAGUCAACAAUAACUUUAAAUGUAAUAAUCUAUAAAGAUUUAAAACUUAAAUAUCAUUUACAAUUCAAAUACUUAUAAUCAAUUUUAGAAGAAAGGAGCUUUAACAAAAAAAUGA